AUGGUGGUCGUCAUCAUCAUCAUGUUAGCAAUGGUGGUUGUGGCAAUGGUGAUCGUGGAGAGGGGUGUUGAAGGUUUAGGCCGUACAACAAUUCUAAGUGAAGGCGGUGGUGGUGGUGGUGGUGGUCGUCGUCAUGUUGGCAAUGGUGGUCGUGGCGAUGGUGAUCGUGGAGAAGGUUGUGGUGCUGGCAGUGGAAGAAGUGGUAGUGGUGGUGGUGGUGAUGGGGCUAGGGGCGGUGGCAGUGCCAAUGAUGCUGGUAGAGGAGGUGGUGGGGGUUAA